GGCGCUGCGUAUUACAAUACAAUAUGCACUCAACAGCAGCACUCGAUGACCUGUUAGGAAUGUUAAAAGUGUGAUGUUUUCACUGAGAAUAGUUGCUACUGACCAUUAUUUGUGUCCUCCUAUCCCAGAAUUGGAUGUCCAGUACUCUGAUUUGACACAGUCAGAGAUAUGGAGAGUCCCUGUAAUUAGGGUAUAUGGAUCAACUCCAAGUGGUCAGAAAACAUGCAUGCAUGUUCAUGGAGUUUUUCCUUAUUUGUAUGUGCCAUAUGAUGGAACCCAACCAUGGGACCGUUAUCUGAAGUUGUUUGCUAAAAGUUUGGACAAAGCUUUGAAUGUUAGUUUGAAUAAAGUCAACUCUAAUACACAGCAUGUUUAUAAAAUCAACCUGGUGUCAGGGAUACCAAUGUAUGGAUACCAUGAAAAGGAAGAACAGUUCUUAAAGAUUUUCUUAUACAAUCCCAGAAUGGUCAGGAAGGCUGCUGAUUUGCUACUAGGAGGAGCUGUGAUGAAUAAAGCUUUUCAGCCACAUGAAGCACAUAUACCAUAUAUACUACAGAUGUUCAUUGACUAUAAUUUGUAUGGUAUGAAUAUGAUUAAUGUAUGUGCAGUCAAAUUUAGGAAGCAGAAAACAGAUGAGUGUGAAAGCUGUUAUAUACCUAGAAUGCAAAAAACAAAGGAAUCUGAAGAAUCAAGUCAAUGGACACCUACUUCACUAUUUGACAGAACAGAAAUGGUCACACCUAGCAGAAAAACAUGGGAUAUCAGUAACAUACAGGAGGAAUUGUUACUUGAUGAAUCAAUCACUAGGCAGAGUACAUGUGAACUAGAAUGUGAUGUAGUGGCUCCAGAUAUUUUAAAUCGACAGGAAGUGGAUGACAAAAUUGGUAUUAAUCCUGGCCUUGCAGCCUUAUGGGAGGAUGAAAAACAAAGGAAAAGAAAUAUGGGAGAGCCAUCUCAGAUUACUCCACCAGAUUCUCAAGAGAGAGAAAAUUUAGAAAUCAGUGAGAGUGACCAGAUGUUGAGGUUAAAAUUUCUGCAGAUAAUACAGGAUCAAAAACCUUAUAUAGAUAGCCAGACUGAAGAGGAGUCACAAGGAUCAGUUAAAGACAGUAGUCAAGCCUCUGCUAUAGAUAUGCAGUUGUCAGAAGAAGGUUUAGAAAACUCAUCUUUGGAUACAGUCAUUGUAGAGGAAGAUGAAAUGAUACCAGUUAUUUCUGUGGAUUCCAUUAAACGUGUUGUAUCAAUGAGUCAGAGUUUUUCAACAUCACAGCCACCACAAGCAAACAGUCAAGACAAGUCUCUAGCAGAUAUUUUAGCUUCAUUAGCUGAUGAAAAUUGCAGUUCGUCAUCACAGGAAAUUGCACAACAAAUAACUGCACUAGAAGAAGGAGAUAGUAUUCUUUUGGAUAAAUCUCAACAUAUUGAUGAUGAAGAUGAUAAACAGCAGGAAGAGGAAACUUUAGAGAUGACACAAGUGGUUUUUGAUGAUAUGGAUAAAAAUGAAGACAGUAGUAACCAACAAGAAGAGAUGAUGAUACCUAUAUCUAGAUCUGUUGACUUUAAUCUAGAAGGUUUAGAUGACACUUGGAAUAUGUCACAGUUCUUAAAAAAAGAUGCUGAAGAUGAAACAGAUGGUGAUAUUCCACAAUUUGAUGGAGUAGGGGAUGAACUAGAAAAAGAAACAGAAGCAGAGAAAAAUCUUCGGAAACCAUUUUUUUCUAACCAGGUACCAACUAGAAAUAUUGGAAACAUUUCGUACACACAGUCUCUUGGUUCAAAUAGUCAAAACGAAAAUGCAGACCAAAUAUCAUCACAGUCUCAAAACGAAACCAUUCCAGCUACAGUUUCUUCUAGGAAAAGAUAUAGGGAAGAUAGAAAGGUCCCUGUCAACUCAGAACACUGCUUUGAUAAUUUUGGUAACAUAGUUUCAUCUCAUCAAACUGGAAAUGACAUUCAUAAAGGCAAUGUCAAUUUGCAUUCACUUAGCCAAAUUAAUUCAUCCCAAAGCAGACUUGGUAACAAUAGCAAUCAUAGCAAGAUAAAUCUAUUGCACACAUCAACACAUGAUAAUGACCAUGGAUGUAAACAAUCACCAAUACAUAGUAGUCAGAACAAAAUGCAAGAGCCAACAAGUAGUACUGGUAGUUUGUGUUGUAUCAAAUCACCCGUUAAUGAAGACAAUAUAAGAAGUUUUCAGUCCAUGAAUGCUCAGUCACUUUUCAGGAUGACCCCUUCACCAGAAAAAGAUAACUUUACUGUGCAUCAUUAUUCUCAGGAUAGUUUACAAGGAAGCAAGGAAAUAGGAUCAAUUCAAGAGCAGAUGCUUCAAUGUCAUAAUAAUCAUGGUUAUCAUAGAAACAUACAAUUGCCAUCCUUGAAUGAUCCAAUGCUUCAAUCACAAUUUCACAUGUCAAAUGUUAAUCAGUAUGACAGUAUUAAAGGGCAUCCAAUUGAAAAUCAGCACUCAUCAUACAGGCAAUAUCCUGCUACAUCAAAUGUGCAAUCCUUUUGUCAGCCAGUUGUGAAUAACUCAUUACAGACAGGGUACCAGAUGGAUUCUGGUUCUCAGAAAACUUUGCCAGGAUCUCACUAUAAACGAAGCCAAAAUGGGAUUCUCUCUUCAAGAUCAGAUCUCCAAAUGCCUCAUACACCAUCAUAUAAAAUUCCACAAGAGCAACAAAUGCAAAAGUCUUCAGAGAAUAUUCUUUUUACACCAGUGAAUCUGCAAACUUCACUGUUACCUCAGUCGUUUUCAAUUCAACAAGAUCAGUUUGGAUCUAUUGUGCCAUCUCAAAUCACCAAAGGACAUUUGAUAGAUUGUAACAAUCAAAAUAAUCAGUCUGAUCAACAUUUUUCUGCAACAAAUGCAUUAGGUAAUUUGCAAAUUUCUCAAGUAUUACCAAUGAAUGAGCAACACAAUGUACACAACAUUCAGUAUACAUUGCCAGUGUCCUCAAAUGAUCAAUUUUACAUGCUAAGUCAUGUGAAUUCGGUUGACAAUUUGCAUGAAUAUUCUCAUGGAAAGGUCCUACAGACAUCUUCAACUGGUAGAAAUGUGUCAUUGUCAAGCUUGACACCUGUAAAGCAGCAUAGUGGGAGUAAUAGUAAUCACUUUCAGGAAAAAAGCUUUUGUCAGUUAAUGACAGAAGAUGAGUAUCUUUCAAAACAAGAUAAUUCAGAAGAUAAUAUCUGUUUCCCAAAUUCACAGCUGUCUGAAAACACUACCAAUUUUAAGUCAAAGCCCUAUACUAAAUUGAUUCCGAAGUGCCAUCAAUAUAUAGGACAGUCAUCCCAUCAACAGUUAUGUUUACCCAGUAAUAGCAAACCAUUUUUGGGUGAACUCAGUAAAAAUAAAAGAAUACAUAUUUGUGCAAAUAUUGAACAAAAGAGGCGCGAGGAGAAAAAUUUGGCUGGAUUUAGUCAAACUUUAUCUUUGCCAGUAGUAAGCAAACAUCAAUCAAUCAAUAGUUCUUUACAGGCAGCUAUUACAGAAGAUUUGGAGAAAAAACAGGAGAAGUCAGUCAUUCACCAAACUCACAAAGAGCAACAUAACAGUAGCUACAGACAAAAACAUUCAGGGAUGCAACCUAUGCAACAUAAUCCAAAAGCAAAUGAGUUAUCAAAAUCAACCAACAUCGGACAGAAUCUUCAAAGAAUUCCUUCAGCAUCUACAAUUAUGCAUGAAAAUAUAAAAAAAUCAACUACGAUUAAAAAUAAAAUAAAUAGUAGUAAAAACUUUCCUUCUAAAAAUGAGCCAUCUACUUUAGAAAGGUUACUAUUGUAUGGAGAUGAUAAUUCCAAUGUGGAAACUUCUUCCAAAGAAAGUUUUGCAGAAAAUGCUACAGAAGAUUAUUUACAGUCUAGCCUUACAAAUCAAAGUCCUGAUCUGUUUUUUGAUUCAUCACAAUCGUCAUCUUCACAAAGAGCAUACUCUCAAGCACAGACAAAUUGUGAAAGCUCAGUAAAAAAGAAUAUCAAUAAAAAUGAAAGAAGUGAGAAAAAAAAUACUUUAUCUAGUCUAGAGACUCUUGUCAAGAAUGUUAGGCAAGGAUCAAGCUUUGGAUAUCAAUAUGACAGUCCUGUACGAAAUCAUGAUUCAUAUAUGUUUGAUCCUUUUUCUGUUUCUGACACAAAUAACCGAUGUAAUACCACUAAAUCUUCCAGUUACACCUGGAAAAAAUCUCCAGUUCACAAUUAUGAUAGUGAAUCACCAAGUGACUAUAGUCAUCCUAAAUUUUCUAAUCUUUAUGAUGGUAGCAAGUCACCUAAUCAAUUUUGUGGUUAUAAAUCACAUAGCCAGUUUGGUAGUAAGUCACUUAGUCAUGUUGGAAUAGGAAGGAGUUUAUCAUAUAGUGGUUCCUUGCAUUAUGAUAAUUUUAACUCUAUGGAUACAUCAAAAGAUCAAAAUAAGAUUUAUUUACAUGAUAGAAUUCAACAUCCAUUGGAUCUAAACCACACAUCGUCAGGAUAUAGUAAAAAUGUCAAAAAACAAAAAGCAGCUUUAAAGAGGUCACAUAGUUUCACAUUUGAGAAACGAGUACAACAGGGGACAAGAACAAAUUCAAUUCAGCAAAUGAAACCUCAUUCUGAUGUGAAAUCCAAGAAACCACUUACACCCAAUCGAGCAUACUCAUUUACAUUUCAUCUUCCAACACCUUUUUACAAAAAACUGAAGUUUAAAAAUGAAAAGCAACUGAAACAUGACAUCAGUGUUGUAAGAAUGCACCCAAUGGAUGCUAGAAGAUAUAGUCUGUUGAAAAUUGGCAGAGGAAUUGUUAAAGUUAAAAAACUGACUCAAAUAGACAUUGAUAAAUCUGGUAUUGUUCUAAAAGCCUCACUGGAAGAGCUGUUAAGAACAGUGGUAAAUGACCAAAAACAUAGUUGCCGUUUCUGUCAAAAAUGUGUUCAAAAUUCUAAAAUGAAAUCACCUUAUGAUAUUAAAACUCAGGAUGUUAAAUUUGUGAAUGAGAUAAAUGUUUCAAAUAAAAAAGAAAGCUUGAUUUCAAAGAAACAUAAAUCUUUGACUAGUAUGGCAAAUAUUUAUCCUGAAACAAUGAUUGCUCCUCCUGCACAGACUUUAGAUGCAUCAUCCAAGGAUUGUCAUAGUAUUCAAAAAGUAACACUGACAUCAAUUAUUGAGAAUGUUUUGUUAACAUCCAUUCGCAAAGAUAAUGAGGAAGAAACUACAAAUACCACAGUCAUAAAUAAUGAUCUACUACACACUGUUACAGGUUCUUCAACUUCUAGUCAUUGGAAAGGAAAUGAUCAACAAUCAAUGGAAUAUUUCAUGUCACAUAAAUUUGAAAACAAUGGAAAUUGUAAUAAAAAUGUGUCACAUGAAGAAAAAAAAGAUUCAAAAAGUACUUCCCCAAACCAGAGUCAUCAAGCAAUUUCAAAUUUCGAAGAAAAGGAGCUUGUAGGAUAUUCAGGAUUAGAUAAGCUGAUGUUGUACAAUAAAUGUAGUCCUGAUAGUAAAAAUCUUUCAUCAGGCAAAUUUGAUUCAAGCUUGCUGGAAGCUAAUCUCUCAGGAAAUGAUAAGCAAUUUUGUGAAAACUCAGAAAAGACAUUUUCAAAAAUUAGAAACUGUUUGGCUUCUGUGAAACAUAUUUCAGGGAAUUUAAGUGCAAAUAUGAUGUUUCCAACCCAUAACCUUUCAUGUCCAAAUGGAAACUCUGAGAAAGAGAAAAUUGGUUCAAUUAAAGAACUUAUAACACCAAAUAUAGCUUUAAACAAUUAUGGUCAUGAAUCUAAGAAGUUGGCAAAACAGCAUCCACAAAAGAAUUCAAUGUUAUGCAGCAAGUGCAGCAUGGACAAAAUGUUGACAAGUUCUCCUACUGUCAUAGAUGAUGAAAGUGUAAUCUUAAAGGAUGUAAGUUUGACUGAUGCGUCGGAUGGUUUAUUGACACCCAAUGUUAGUAAGUCAAGGACACCAGUGGCAGGUGGUAGUCCAGUUAGUCAGCAAAAUGUUGAUGCAUAUAAAUUGUUUGAUGGAGAAACUCUUGAUUUUAAAGACGAUUUUGACAAUAAAUUUAAAGAUUUGAAUCAUUAUGUUAGAAAAAGUGAAAUAACUGGUGCAAACACAAAAACUGAAAAGGAAAAUAGCUACAUUGCAAAAAGAGUUGUAGAAUCGCUAGAUACAGCCAGUUCAGGAUCUAAUUCUGGUAAAAACAAAGAUGAUAUGUACUCAGUUUUAACAGUGACAGGGAGGACAAAAUCAUCAGUCAAUUUGACUGAUAAAAGUAGAAUAGCAGGUUUUUUAGAAAAUGAAGAAUUUGUUGCAUCAGAAAAAUUUCUUGACCACAAUUCCAUCAAAUGUUUGGAAAGGGUCCAUACAUAUCCCUACACAACAAAGCCUGGUAAAGCCAACAUUGAAAAUGAAGUUAUACCAUUAAAUUCAUUGACAUUUGAAUCUGUGCCAAUUAAAAGAAAAUUAGCCAAUAUGGCUGAUUUAAAAGGUUCAGAUUGGUCCAACAUGCAAGAAAAGGAAACAUAUACUUAUAGUGAACUUCCAGAUGUUAAUGAAAUAAUUCAAAAAUAUGUGCAGGGAGUAGAAUUUAAGACACAGGCUCCCAAAGGAAAUUAUCUUACAGCCGGUUGUAAAAGACAAAAAUUACUAGCAAAUUUAACUGUUACAUAUGGACCUGCAAAAUGGAAGAAAAAGGUAAAAAGUCAUGAAAUAUCCAAUGUUUCUUCAGAAUCAUUAGAUGAUGACUUUCUCCAUCAUUCUGACAUUCUUUCCCCUGAAAAAGAAAAUGAUGUACAGAACAUUGAACAGAAGAGGUUGUGUGGUUAUUACCAAGGUUUUACAAUUGACUGGAAUGGGAAACCUUACAAGAGGAAACCUUCACUUAGUAUGAACCGUAAGCUUCAAGUUGCCUUUCUGAGUAAGAAGGCAAAAAGAAAAAAACAGGUGAAGCAUGCAAGUAAAAUUAGAAAAAUACCAAAAUCAAUAUUGGGACUAUCAUUGCUUCAUGAAGCAACAUUGGCAAAUUUAACAGAAUCAAAAUCAUCAAAUGAAGCUGAUCUUGCAGAAACUGAUUCCGAGUUUGAUGAUAUCCUUUCAAAAAUGGCUCUCUAUUCCUCCCCAGAAACUGACAGUUUAGAUAGUUUGCCUCCUCAACCAUUUUCUCCAGAAGAGUUAUCUUAUGAUCUUCAAAGUACAUCAAGUUCUGAAUAUUCUAAUAUCUCAACUUUUGCUGAUGGAGAAUGUUUGGAUAAAUACAAAAAAAUAAGUCAUAAAAAAGAAUCUUCUAACUUGGAAAUGAAAACAUCAGAAAUAAGUUAUGUAUGUGAUACUGACAAUUCAGAGAGUUUGUUGAAUGAAAGUUUUAACAUUGAUGGUUUUUCAAAUUUUGAUGAGCAACAUUUUUCAAAAUCUGAUUGCUGUAAGAUAAAAAAGAAAGCUGUUGUUAGGCUGAAUCGUUUGUCAGUAUAUGAAAUUGAAAAGUACAAGAGGGAAAAGCAAAAUACUGAAACUGAACAGGAAAAUUCACCACCAGGUUUAAGUCCCCCUAAUAUCACACAGUAUCCCAAAAAUGGUUCAGGUUCACAUUAUAGAAAUGAAGAAAAUCAUACAGAGCAAUCACACAUAUAUCCAACAGAUUCUUGUAAUACUGAAUAUGGGGAUCUGAAAAGCCUUAGUGAGCCAACUCUCAUAACAGCAGACAAGAUUAUUAAUGUACAGUUAUUAAAGUCUGGUGAAACUCAAGAUGGAAGGAAAAUUAUGGAGAUUUCUAUGCCAAAACUUGUAACAGAUGACAUAGCCAAUAUUAAUCCAGUAUAUUUGAAGGAAACUGAAUCUCUGCAAGCUUUAGUUAAAGAUGAUGUUUGUGAGCUUCUUCAACAUAACUUGAUUUGUGCAAGUGAUUACAGAGUUUUCACAUCUAAAGCAUUACCUCCAUCUAAAAAACAUGUGACUGAUUCAGCCUUAUUACUGAACUUAAAUCAGGCAAACAACCAAAACGCAUUUUGUAGUAAUCCUGAUGAUCUUCCAGAAAAACCAAAAGAGUUAGGAGGGAGAAAACUAAGCAUUGAGUCAUUUCAGUUGUCUGAGUUAGCUGAGUUUAAAAGUCAUCUUUGGAGUGACAAUAUAGCAAAAUGGAGAGGCUUUAUUUGUCCAGCAGACGACUACUUUAUUAACUCCGGAGAUAUUCUUGAUAAAAUAGACAAGGACAGAAAACUGCAUUUUUCAAUAGUAGGUGAUGAGCAUGUUACCAUCACACCUUGUAAACCUGUACCUUUAUGUAAAAAUAUAAGAGAUUGGAAGACUGGUAGACAGGUUUAUAAACAAAUGACUGUAAAAGAAAGAAACAAAGUUGGUAUAAAAAGGCAAGAGCAGAUUGAAUUUAAGAAUAUACAAAAGUUGCAACAAAUAUGUCAUUCCAUGAAACCAAAUAAGAGUGUUAGCUUCAGUGUCCAAUAUUGUGAAAAAAUGUCUUCAUCUUCAAAAGCUAGUAGAACAUGUGAAAAAAGGAUGAAAUCCAACAUUGAUGAAAAUAACAUAACUUAUGACAGUUCUAAGGAUGAUGCUGAGGAUGAUAUCAUAGGUCCCUCUCCACCUGAUGUUACACCUUCCAUUAGAAAUAUCAAUCACAUAUCACAAAACAGACUUUUUUCAUCUCAGCCAGGAUUACUCUAUAGUCCAUAUUUUUCUGAUGGUCACCAGGCACUACACAGUACACCUCUGACAAAAGUUAGAAAUGAUGAUCUUGUCUUGCCUGCUUGUACACCAAUAAACCAUUUAAAGAAAGUGGCUCCUUUGUCCAGAAGAGAGGCUGUUAACACCAGGAAGGGAGAAUUGUCAAUUGAGUUACAACAAUAUGCAACACCUGUACAGAAAAGAAAUGUUUCCCAGAUAGAUGGACCUACACCUAAAAAUUCAUUUGGAUUCCAGAUAAGCCAGCAGAAUUUUCAUGAUGCUAAAGCACUCCAUGAGGUGCAGAAUCUGACUGUGUUUAGUAUGGAACUGUUAGCAGAUAGUAGAGGGGAUCUAUUUUCAGAUCCAGAAAUAGAUGCCAUAAAGGCAAUCUUCUACACUAUACAUAAUGAUGUGAAUAGUGAAAAAGGCCCUAAAGACAUAACAGGGCUUAUAAUGGUUGAUGCGGAGUCUACUAAGAUUCAGGAAGAACUGAGAAAUUCUGCAAAGAGUAAAGAGUCCUCACAUCUGUCGACAUGCAACAAUCAAAACCCAUCAACUUCAAGAGAUACAACCAGUUCAUCUCUUAGACCUUUAUCAAAAUUUGUGUCACAUGAGCCUUCAAAUUUGAAAGAUAAUAAGAGAAAUUUUACACCACUUCUUAAGGAUACUGUAAAAAGUGACCAGUUAUCAAAAUUGCAAACAAACACUUCAUUUUCUGGUGUACAUUUAAAUCAAACAUUACUACAAAAAUCAGGGAUUGAUGAAAAUUUGCAGGUUGUGUAUGUGGAAACAGAGAUGGGUCUUUUUAAUGAAUUUAAGGAUUUGAUAACAAGAUGGGAUCCAGACUUGUUAGUUGGUUAUGAAAUACAAAAAAGUUCUUGGGGAUAUUUAUUGCAAAGAGCAGCUCAAGUUGGUAUUGACCUAUGUUCACAGAUAUCUAGGAUACCAGAAGAAAAACGAGCUAGCCACUUUUCUGCUGAGAAGGAUGAGUAUGGUGCUGAUAACAUGUCAGAGAUUCAUAUUGUUGGCAGGAUUGUGAUCAAUUUGUGGAGAAUUAUGAGACAUGAGGUUACUCUUAAUAUUUAUACAUUUGAGAAUGUGAUAUACCAUGUCCUUCACCAGAGAACACCUAAGUAUUCAUUUAGAAUUCUCAACACUUGGUACAAUAAAAAGACACAUCAUCACAGAUGGAGAGUGAUGAAUUAUUUUAUCACCAGAGUAAGAGCUAACUUACAGAUAAUGGAACAGAUUGAUCUUGUUGGUCGUACUAGUGAAUUUGCCAGAGUAUUUGGAAUAGAGUUUUAUCAUGUUCUUUCCAGAGGAUCACAGUACCGAGUUGAAUCAAUGAUGUUACGACUGGCUAAACCAAUGAAUUUUAUCUCAGUCUCACCAAGUGUGCACCAGCGAGCUAGAAUGAGAGCACCAGAGUGUAUACCUUUAACAUUGGAACCAGAAUCCAGAUUUUACCAUGAUCCUGUUGUUGUACUUGAUUUUCAAUCACUAUAUCCAUCCAUCAUGAUUGCUUACAAUUACUGUUUCUCUACUUGUGUUGGAAGGAUUAGUUUUCUUGAAAAAGCUCAUGAAGGUGCUAUUGAAUUUGGAUGUACACAUUUGAAGAUUCCUCCAUCAGUUUUGAAGAAAAUCAAAGAUGAUGUAACAGUCUCUCCAAAUGGAGUGGUGUUUGUGAAACAGAGCAUAAGGAAAGGAAUCAUUUCAGCGAUGGUAGAAGAUAUAUUGAAUACAAGAAUUAUGGUGAAGAAAGCCAUGAAAGGUUGCAAAAAUGACAAGACAUUACACCGCCUUUUGGAUGCUAGACAGCUAGGAUUGAAACUGAUUGCUAAUGUUACUUAUGGAUACACUGGAGCUAAUUUUUCGGGACGUAUGCCAUGUAUUGAGGUUGGUGAUAGUAUUGUUAGAAAGGCAAGAGAAACUUUAGAAAGGUCUAUCAAACUGGUAGAAGACACACCAAAGUGGGCAGCAAAAGUUUUGUAUGGCGAUACUGAUAGCAUGUUCAUCUUAUUGAAAGGUAGAAGUAAAGAUGAUGCCUUUAAGAUUGGUUAUGAGAUAUGUGAUGCUGUAACAGCUAUGCAUCCAAGUCCGAUUAAACUCAAAUUUGAAAAGGUUUAUCUUCCUUGUGUCUUGCAAACAAAGAAGAGAUAUGUAGGAUUUAGUUAUGAAAUGCCAGACCAAAAGGAACCAGCAUUUGAUGCUAAAGGCAUAGAAACAGUGCGAAGAGAUGCAUGUCCUGCUGUAGCAAAGGUUUUGGAAAGAUCUAUUAAAGUAUUGUUCACAACAAGAGAUGUUUCACAGGUAAAGCAAUAUGUUCAGAACCAGUGUCGGAAAAUAAUGGAGGAUAAAGUUAGUAUGCUGGACUUGGUCUUUGCCAAGGAAUACAGAGGGAUAUCUGGAUACAAACCUGGGGCUUGUGUUCCAGCUUUGGAAAUCUCAAGAAAGAUGCUGCAACAUGAUAGAAGAUCUGAACCGUGUGUGGGAGAGCGAGUACCAUAUGUUAUAGUAUAUGGAAGCCCAGGACUACCCUUAAUUCAACUUGUUAAACAACCAUUUGAAUUACUGACUGAUCCUUCAUUGAGGAUAAAUGUUACAUACUAUAUCACUAAACAGAUCCUCCCACCACUAGGAAGAAUAUUAUCUUUACUUGGAAUUGAUGUGUUCUCAUGGUAUAUUGAUAUGCCUAAAAUUAUACGUGUUGUACCACAUUCGUUAAUGCCUGCAGAAAACAGGAAGGGAACCAUUUCUCAGUACUUCUCAUGUUCUAACUGUCCUGUUUGUGAAAAGCCCACAAAUCAAAAUAUCUGUGAUAGCUGCAAUCAGGACCCACAAAAGGUUACAACAGUACUUAACAGCAGAAUUAGAAAGUGGGAAAAAGUACAUUACCGAAUGUUGGAAUUUGCAUGGUGAACAGAUCAAUGUGUAUUCAGUGAACCCUUUAGAUCGUCUGGUGUCAUCAUUAUUGUCAGAGGCCUCAACAUUCCGACGUAAUACCGAUAAACAUGGAGUUUUUAGAAAUUGGGACUUAAAAAUAUGUCUUAUCACCAUGGCAUUUAGUUCUAUAAGUAAAGUGAUUUGAAUAUCAACAUCAACAUACAUGCAAUUCAAUUGCCAGUAUUUUUUCCCAAGUUAUGUUCAUUGAGCUGUUAUAUUUUUCACCUUUUGUUGCUUGUUGUUUAAUAUAUGAGGGUCUGGAUGGGGUUUACAGAAUAAGGAAUAAUGUACAAAUUGUGCAGAAUAAAGGGCUAAAAAUUUAAAGAAUAGAGAAUAAUAGGCCAAAAAAACAUAGAGAAUAAUGGGGUUCUAAAAUAUAUAGAAUAGAGAAUAAUGAGAAAAAUGUAUAAAGAAUGGAGAAAAGUUGCCUAAAAAAUUAAAGAAUACAGAAUUGAAGGACCCCCAUCCAAAACCUCAUAUAUAUUUGAUAUUGAAUAAGUGCAAUUACAAAUAAUCAGUUAAAUUUCAAUUUGGUUGUUUUGUUUAUAUUAUACUUUCAAAAGAAGGAAAUAAAACAAUAUCUGGUAGCACUAUUACAAUAAAGCUUAAAAACAAAAUUAACAGAGUGUAUUAAAUCUGACUGUGAAUGAACUGAAGCCCGCCUCAGGGUGCGGGAUUUUCUCGCUGUGUUUGAAGACCCAUUGGUGGCCUUCUGCUGUUUUCUGCUGUUUGGUCGGGUUGUUGUCUCUUUGACACAAUCCCGGUUUCCAUUCUCAAUUUUAUUAGAAAAGUAAACUAAGAACACAUGACUUAGAAACAGUUUAACAAAGAAUGCUAAUAAAAUUUGAUAGCUAAAGAGUAAUUUGCUACCAAACUAAGAACUUGGGAGUCUCAGAAUUUGGUCUUAGAAACACCAAGAUAGCUGUAAACAUAAUGUGUUGACAAUUAAAAGUACUUCGAAUAAAUGACUGAAAACCAGUUUUCCUGAGAAUGU